CACAACCACAUGCACAUCCCUGUCGCUGCAUCAUAAAGCUUGCAUGGUAUUGAACUGCUUUUGACUGACGAAAUCUUGGUCUGCGCUUCACUUCCAGACAAUCCUACAACCCCCUUUCUCUUUCGCUUCCAUAUGUAACAACAAACCAACAACAUGUCAACAACACGAGAAGGGCCAAAUCCUUUGAGGCCAUACUACAAACCUCCUUCAAUCGGCAUCCCGCAGGAUUUGCCGAGGGCGACGACCAACGGAACGCAUGGCUUAGGACCAAGAAAUGGCAGUGCAGCUUCCUACGCGUCAUCUGCACGCGAUAUCCUCUCAGAUAUCGAUUAUGCGGAUUACGGAUCGCCUUCGACGGUUGAAUCGAUCAAACAGCAGAUAGACGAUUGGUUUUACAGAUAUACGAGCAUUUUGCUGGCGCAGCCAUUUGAUGUUGCGAAAACUAUACUGCAAGUUAGGAGUCAAGGAGUGGAUGAUGGAUUGGUGGAGUUGAAACCGCCGAGGCAUAAGGAAUCUGCAUAUAGCGAUUAUCCUUCUGAUGAUUCGGAUCCGGACGAGCCUGCAUACUUUACAUCUUCUGCACCCUCGGCACAUUCAUAUUCUCCUUCGAGAAGUCGAAGGCGGCGCGACGGCAGUCCUGGACUUCUUCCGCCUCAGAAAGCUACGCCACCAGCUUCGAUCCAACUUGUGCUGAAAAGAUCAGAUGCCAUUUUGGAAGUGAUAUCUCAGGAAUGGGCAAAGGAAGGGGCAUGGGGAGUUUGGAAAGCCUCGAAUGCGACAUUUGUCUACGGAUUCCUGCUUCAGACGUUGGAGAAAUGGUCAAGGGGUCUGAUAUCGGCACUGUUAAAUGUUCCAGAUCCUGAAAUAUCUGCUGGAUUGAUAGGAUCGACGUACCCUUGGGCUUCUUUGGCUGUUGCCGUUGCAGCUGCUGCAUCAGCAGGAAUUUUACUGGCUCCGCUAGAUCUUAUUCGGACGAAACUCAUCGUAACGCCUGUCUCGACAGUGAAGAGAUCACUUACUUCCCAAGUGCGAGCUUUACCAUCAUACCUAUGUCCAGCAUCUAUCCUUCUACCUACUCUACUACAUUCUCUUGUAACGCCAGCAAUAUCACAUUCAACGCCUCUUCUCCUAAGAUCACACCUCGGUAUCGACCCAAUAUUAACACCCAACACCUACCAACUCGCCAAAUUCUUCUCCCGAACCGCCGAACUCUUCAUCAAACUCCCACUCGAGACAGUCCUCAGAAGGGGUCAAGUCGCAGUGCUGAAAGAAGACGUAGAAAUAGCACGCGCCCAAGGAAUCUGGACCAGCGACCUUCAGACUCUCGUUCCAAUUGGAGAGUAUCGAGGCGUUGUCGGAACCAUGUGGAUGAUUGCACGAGAAGAAGGAGUACGCGACCCGCCUGUUGUUCUUAAGACGAAGGCCAAACCGCAGAAAGGACAAGGCUUACCAGGUCUUUGGAGAGGAUGGAGAGUCGGCAUGUGGGGAUUGGUUGGCAUGUGGACGUCACGGGCGUUGAGUGGAGGGAAUGGUGGAGAGUUUUGAUUAUGGAUGGCGAUGGAUGGAUGAUACCAAUUGCUUUGCUUUGGCGCAGGGGAGUUGGGACAUACCCGUACUUGGUGGACGGGAUUUUGGCUCUCGGUUCAUACCUACUCAACUCUGUUUUUACGUGUAUAUGACCGCCUGUACUUGUGAAAGCUGUGCUAGUAGAGAAGGAAUGUACAAUUUGGCGUCAGCGCAGCAAGUGAAGUUCUACCUUUCGACAUUUCCCAAAUGUCUUUUUUGUUCUUCUGCUAUCUAGGGCUUCGAAUUCAUGUCCAUUAUAUAUACCGUCACCGUUGGAACGUAAAUUUUCCUCUUUCAAUAGUGCACUUUUCCCUCCCGCUACCAAACAUACAACUGUAAAUAAUGGCGCGUAAGCGAGUGGACGUUGUCCGUCAACGAUUUCGCUUAUCAAGACAUGUACACUACAGAGUGAUAUGGCACAAGCAAGAUGUGUGGCUUGCACUGUACUACGUGUAAGUGUCAAGCACAGCGGCAGGUGUACCAGAGAGAAAGGACUGGAUACUUACCAGCGCCCCUAGGCUAUACAGGAAAGAUGCGGGAGGGGAGUGUGCUUGAACGAGCCAGCGAAAUCCUAAAGAAAAGCUUUUCAAUAUCCUUUAUCCUGGGUAUACAAGUAUUAUACAACGCCAAUCCCAAAUCCUAACCUCAACUCCAUAUACCAAAAUGCGCCAUUGAGAGUAAAAUUUAAACUUUAGCCUUCUUCCUCACCAUUCCAGUCGCGAGCACGUUGACCUUCGGUGCCGAUUCUGCCUGCGGCUCAGGAGCAUCUUUCCUCUUCUUCCUCAACAAUCCCAUAUUCAAAGUCGUAACUCCUGCAACUCCAGCCGCAGCUCGAAUCUCGACAGCGUUCGUCCCAGUCACGCUUUGGCCCCAUGCAUCGCCCGUACUUCCCCAUGCACCGGAACGAACCUCGUUGAUCCAGCGAGUAGAGCUAGAUGUUGCAAGCUCAAGAUUGGCGAAGUCGAGACGGAGGAGCAGCUCUGUCACGCGUUUGUAGUCGGCCUCAUCGACGAUGAUCUGACCUCUGCCUUCCGGCCGCCAAACAUAGUAUGCCGAUGUUUCAGGCCGGUCGAGCAGAUAGUUUUUGUUUUGUGUUUUGACUCGCGGCUGUCGAGGUAUGAUGGCCCCAGUGAGCUUCUUCCUUUUUGGCGUCCGUGUCUUGGGCGAGGUUUGCUCACAGUCGUCGGGCUUCACAGGUGAGCUCAAUGGUUGAACCUGACUCGAAGCAUUGAACGACGUGGCUGGCGUUAUUAGGAAUGAUGAAGGGGGACUUGAGUUGACUUCUGUCUGGCUAUCAACGGUCAGGAGGCUAUUUUGACUUUCUCCCAGUAUUGAUUCCGUAGGCAACGCCUGAUCUUUGGGAGAAAACACAAUCCAUAUAAAUCCCACAAGUCUUCCAGCCGAACAUUCUUGUCGAAAUGCCAUCAUAUCCCAGAAUUGCUCGACAGAUUUGACGCUCUUCCACUGCCCACUCGUAUCUUGGCUCUUUGUAAUCUCCUCGUCCAAUUCAUCUAAAUAUCUUGCUUUUGGAUCAUCUGGGUAAUGCGGGACGAAGCAUCUCGGAGGCACAUCGUCUGAAUGUCUUGAUAUUUCUUGAAGUGGGUGGCCAAUGGUCCAUUUUGAAGUAUUUCGGUUCGGUACGUAGGAGGUGGUUUCAUGAGAAUCGAGUCCAGGAACCGUCAAAUAUCCCUUGACCGAAUCCCACUCAGGCGUCUCUCCAAUCAGAGGAUCCAGAACUCGACACCACCACCUUACCAGUCCUCUAUCAUCCAGUACAUGCUUCCCACUGUAUUCAAUACUCCCAGGGAACAGGUAUUGAUCCUGCGCUCGCGCAAAUAACGAAACCACGCUUCGAAUAUUCUCCCUUUGAUGUUGCAGUACCAGAUGACGCAGGAAUAUAGCAGUGAUAUCUCGAAUUGGAGAUGGCGUGCCUUUUGCCAGACCUAGCAGAUGCAGGUAUCCUGUUGAGUCUGCCUUUGAAACAAAGAAUGUAGAAUCGAAUGCCGUCGAGUAGAUGAGGAUCUCGACCGCAUAAACCAGCACUUCCCUAUCUUCCGAGACACCAAUCGAUACUGUGAGAAAGUGGCUUUCACAAUACGUUCGAUCAGGUCGAGUUCCUGGGGGCGCAGAGUAUAUGGAGGAGGUUCUGGUUGGAGGGGUAGAGAGGUGGUAUAUCUUGAAGUUGGCGUUUUUCGGAAGCGCAAUAGCAAGUUGAUGAAGCAAUGAUGGUGAGAUUGGUGCGUUGAUAAUCUUCUCGUGAGCGGCCAUAUUCAAAUAACAUACCAAAAUAUUGCGCUGCUGUUCACCA